CCACUCAGCAUCGUAAAAAACACCGAAAAGAAAUACAUUGAAAAUAAAUUCAAAGUCCAACUGUUUUCUACGAUAUCUGCGUCGAAGUAGAUGAGUUCGUCGCAGUUCAUGGACAAAGAGAUCUUGGGUCUGUCGAGAUCGUCUUCCCAUAACGGCGAUUUCUUCGAUCUCUUAAACCCUCGUCAGGAAGAUCAGCAGCAGCAGAAGAAAGACGACAUCUGGCCCAGCUACGAUUUCCAUCCGAUUCGGUCCGCAGAAGUCGGAGGUCCGUCAUCUUCACUAGCAGCUGCGAUGAACCUUGAAACGACAGGUGGCAUCAUCCCAGGCGCUAGGAUUUGGAAUUCGGCGGAUUCGAAGGCGAAAAACGCUUCUGGAUUUAGAAACCAUGGUUCUCCAGAGAAAGAUAGGAGCACCUACGAUACUGUUAUGGUGUCUGAGAUUGAUCGAACAAUGAAGAAACUUGCCGAUAAUCUGCUACAAGCAUUGGAAGGAGUUAGUGACCGGCUAUCACAGCUGGAGACCAGGACACGUCACCUUGAAAUCUCAGUUGAUGAUUUCAAGGUCACAGUUGGAAAUAAUCAUGGCAGCACUGAUGGAAGGCUGAGACAACUGGAGAACAUAUUGAGAGAGGUACAAAUGGGUGUACAGGUUCUUCAUGAUAAGCAAGAGAUUGCAGAUGCUCAGUUGCGGCUGGCAAAGUUGCAAGUCUCCAAGGGAGAACGCCAGCCAACUGAAAACCCGAACACCCAACAAGCAGCUUCUUCUCAACAAUCUGUAUCCCAACCGCAGGAGUCGAUUCAAUCGCACCUGCCUUUGUCUCCUCUUCUGCCACCUUCUCAAGCUCCUGUCCUCCCACUGCUGGCGCCCAUUGCUCCUCCACCCUCAAUGCAACAAAACCCACUGCCAGCUCAGCUUCAAGCUCAGUUGCCCCAGAACCAGAUGCCCUCUAUCUUGCCCUCAUUAGGAAAUGCAUACUUCCCGCAGUCAGGCCAGCCAGCGGAGGCCCACCAUCAGCAAUAUCAGAUGCCAGCUCAGCCACUCCCACCGCCUCAACAGUAUCAAGCACCCCCACAAAUUCCUCAGUACUCCCAGCCGGCCCCACCUCCACAACAGCACCAGCCUCCAGGGCUCACAUUCCCUCCACAGCUCCAACCUCCAUCAAGCCAUCAUCCUGAAGAAAGUCCUCACAUGCCACCACCUCAGACCUACCCACCAAACAUCCACCAACAGGCCCACCCACCAAACAUCCACCAACAGGCCCUGCUGACUCAGCCGCCAAGUGGGCCCCCUACAUCCCAACAGAUUUACGGGCCUCCUACAUCCCAACAGACUUACGGGCCUCCUACAUCCCAACAUACUUAUCGGCCCACCACCCACACAUAUGAACCCUCAGGGAGCAGGCCAAGUUCAGGACAGCCAGCGUUUUCUGCUGGGUAUGGCCCGCCAUCUGGGCCAACUUUCAACGAUUCAUAUCCCUAUAGUAGUUCCCCUACUCACUACAGCAGCUUGGUAAAACCGCCUCCGCAUUCUCCUUCUACACCUGCUGGUGGAAGCAGUUACCCACGACUCCCGACGGCCCAGAUACUACCACAUGCGUUACCGACUGCAAACAGUGUCAGCAGCAGUUCCAGUUCUGGCGGAACUGGGAACAAGGUCCCAAUCGAUGAUGUGGUCGACAAGGUGGUGACAAUGGGGUUCUCGAGGGACCAGGUGAGGGCGACAGUGAGGAAGCUGACAGAGAAUGGGCAAUCAGUUGAUCUGAACAUGGUGCUGGACAAGCUGAUGAACAAUGGUGAAAUCCAGCCUCAGAAAGGUUGGUUCGGGCAGUGAGCGAUGGUUAUUGCCGGUUUCCUUCCAUGGCUUGUUAUGUAUAGAAAGGUAAACCUCAUUGCUUUGAUUUCUAGUGCUGUUGAACCUUCUUCCCAUUUUCAGUGCAUUUUAUUGGAGGUUUGAAUAUAGAGCUGUUUCCAUUCAAAAAUGUAAAUUGAAAGACUAUGGUUUUUGGGGGAUUCUUUACUGUAUUUGCUUCUAAUAUAUGUUUGGAUACUUUGAAUUUCCACUCCACAUACUGAAAAAAAAUAAA